GUCGGUUAUAAAGCUGCUGCUGGCCUCCUGUCUGCAGGUUCCUGAGUGUCCCAGCAGGAUGGACGUGGUUCAGACAUCGAUGCUGCUGCUGCUGCUGGCGGCGCUCGGCGCCACCGUAGAGCCGAGCCCCGAAAACUGUCACGGCCUGAACGCCACGCUGAGGAGGGAACACCUGCACAAGAUCUUCGGGGACUGGGUCAUGGUCUUUGACAUGCCGGACCACGAUGAUCAAAACAGCCCGUACACAAUGCCGAACUUCACCAGCUCCCACAUGGAGCUGCGACUCCUCGCCGACAACCACACCGUCACGUUCAACGAGUGGAACUCGUACUCCAUCAACAAGUGCAGAAAGGUCUUCGUCAACAUGUCCAUGGCGGCUGAGGACUUGACAGACCUGCACCACGUUGGCGGCAAAAUCGAGGAGGACGGAGUUUUCACAGACUACAACAUUUCGGCUAAAAUGCAUUUCUUCGAGAGCUGUGACGACUGUCUGGUGAUGACCUACGAGCACUCAGAGGGAAGAUUCCUGACGACCUACAGGAGGAAGGGGCACCAUCAGGACGUUGACAAGUUGAAGGAACACCACGACAAUAACAACAAACUGGCCGAGUGUCUGGGAUUCCCUCCAGGCAAAGCGUUCACCUACGACGGAGCUGCAGGUCAGUUUGAGUCUGUUCCUGAGUGUCCCAGCAGGAUGGACGUGGUUCAGACAUCGAUGCUGCUGCUGCUGCUGGCGGCGCUCGGCGCCACCGUAGAGCCGAGCCCCGAAAACUGUCACGGCCUGAACGCCACGCUGAGGAGGGAACACCUGCACAAGAUCUUCGGGGACUGGGUCAUGGUCUUUGACAUGCCGGACCACGAUGAUCAAAACAGCCCGAACUUAAUGCCGAACUUCACCAGCGCCUACACGGAGCUGCGACUCCUCGCCGACAACCACACCGUCACAUCCAGCGAGUGGAACUCGUACUCCAUCAACAAGUGCAGAAACGUCUUCGUCAACUGGUCCAUGGCGGCUGAGGACUCGUCAGACCUGCACCACGUCGCCGGCAAAAUCGAGGAGGAUGGAGUUUUGAGAGACCACAACAUUUGGGCUCAAAUGCAUUUCUUCGAGAGCUGCGACGACUGUCUGGUGUUGAUCUACAAGAACGCAGAGGGAAGAUUCCUGACGACCUACAGGAGGAAGGGGCACCAUCAGGACGUUGACAAGUUGAAGGAACACUACGACAAUAACAACAAACUGGCCGAGUGUCUGGGAUUCCCUCCAGGCAAAGCGUUCACCUACGACGGAGCUGCAGGGCCCCUGGGGGCCCCGGGGUCGGUUAUAAAGCUGCUGCUGGCCUCCUGUCUGCAGGUUCCUGAGUGUCCCAGCAGGAUGGACGUGGUUCAGACAUCGAUGCUGCUGCUGCUGCUGGCGGCGCUCGGCGCCACCGUAGAGCCGAGCCCCGAAAACUGUCACGGCCUGAACGUCACACUGCAGAAGGAAGAGAUGCACAAGAUCUUCGGGGACUGGGUCAUGGUCUGGGUCAUGCCGGACCACGAUGAUCAACGCAUCGAGGACAUAAUGCCGAACUUCACCAGCUCCCACAUGGAGCUGCGACUCCUCACCGACAACCACACCGUCACGUUCAACGAGUGGAACUCGUACUCCAUUAACAAGUGUAGGAAGUACUUCAUCAACAUGUCCGUGGCGGCUGAGGACUCGACAGACCUGCACCACGUCGGCGGCAAAAUCGAGGACGACGGAGUUUUCACUGAAUACAACGAGUCGGGUCAAAUGCAUUUCUUCGAGACCUGCGACGACUGUCUGGUGAUGGUCUACAAGAACGCAGAGGGAAGAUUCCUGUUGAUCUACAGGAGGAAGGGGCACCAUCAGGACGUUGACAAGUUGAAGGAACACUACGACAAUAACAACAAACUGGCCGAGUGUCUGGGAUUCCCUCCAGGCAAAACGUUCACCUACGACGGAGCUGCAGAUUUGUGUCCUAAGAAAUCUGCUCCAGAAGUUGCUGUUGAUCCUGUUGAACCUGCUGCAGAGUCCUGAGGGACAAACAACAACAACAACAUAAACAACAACAAUAAAAUAACUGAAAUGCUGAAA